UUGUUGAUGAUGUCAUAUCAAUGCGACCAACUGAAACAACACAAUCCAAUCAGUAAGAAGUGGCGUUUCGAUGUAGCCGUCAAAUGGGGGUAGUUUUAGUAUGUAUGUAGCAUUUUGAGAAUGGCAAUGAUUUCCAUAAACUAUAUUCUGUUAUGCGGGCAGUUUCUGCUUCUGCUGACAGUGAUACUUCUGCAGUGUUUGGAAGGAAUUCACUCCCAAAACUCAACCACUUCGGAGCCGCCAGCUACUCCUCCGGGUCAGGGAGCGACGCUGGUCCCUGUCAGCGAGCAGCCGCCCGAAAAUGCGACAGAUCAUGUAAUACCAACGGAACGAGUGAAUUACACUCCAGAGUAUGAAUACAGACCUCCAUCUCCCGUCGUCCUCUGCAGCUAUCUGCCGGAGGAGUUCAUCCACUGUCAAGACCCUGUGGAUCAUGCAGGCAACAGCACCGCCCGUCAGGAGUUAGGUCACGGCUGUGUGGGAUGGGGAGGCCAGACUCAAAAAGAAGUGAACGUCACAAAAGUGAUCUGCACUGCACUCGAUGAUAUAGAGUGUGCUGGACCCAGAGAGUUCCUCAGAGGGGACGUACCCUGCAUCAAAUACACAGGACACUAUUUCAUCACCACGCUGCUGUACUCCUUCUUCCUGGGCUGUUUUGGGGUGGAUCGCUUCUGCCUGGGCCACACUGGCACAGCUGUGGGCAAGCUCCUGACCCUGGGCGGCCUGGGAAUCUGGUGGUUUGUUGACCUGAUCCUGCUCAUCACCGGCGGCCUGAUGCCCAGUGAUUACAGCAACUGGUGCACCUACUACUGAAGCCCAAAGCCAAACACUUAGCCGAGGACUUUGGCCACUUCUCAAUUAUUCCUCUGUCAAGUGUAAAUGCAGAGGAAUCCAGGGAUUGGACGUAACCUGGCAUGGUUAUAAAUACACCCUCUGUGUUGUUGUGCCGCUUGGUUUAAGGACAUGCACAGCAAUGCUUUGGAAAGUGGAGUUCAGUGACCUUCAGCAAAGUGAACAUAAAGUUUAAUUUCACUCUAAUUUAUUUCAUUUGACAGUACCCCACUCAGAGAAUGUAUAAAAAAAACAGUUUUAAACCUAGGUUUGACUCCCCACUAUUAUCACCACAUCUACACUGUAGACAGCUGUAAAAUUCAAAACUAAAUCAGGAAUGACUUAAGUCUUCCAUUAUCUCUGUGGGAUAAAAUCUUACCACAUAGGGAUCUGUGGCCCUGAUGUGGAUCUGUCUGGGGGUCCUACGGUUUCCUGGACAUGUUUUGAAUCGGGAAGAUGGAUUUUCCUGUCAUUGUAAAGUGUGGGGAUUGGACAGAAAGUCUGAAGGUUAUGUGAACUAUCAAGUCUGGAAAUACAUAUGGCUCUACUUUUUUCAUUACACACCCGCUAUUCAUUUAAUAUGUUGUAUUAUUUGUUGUUGUGACUUACUCACCAGCUGUAAAGUGAUGACCUUGUCAGCUUUAACAUUGCCCAGCCGCUGCCAGUGCUGACCAAAAUCUUCCAGUCCAGUCAAGAAAUUUAAUUAAGCUUAAUCUGUCCUCAAGGGAGAAACUAAUUUCCACUACAUAGGAAACUGAACAAAUUAAGGACGGUUCAUCCAAACUACAUAAAAACAGAUUUCCACUUAACCCUAGUCCAGUCUGUAUAUUCAGAUAAUUUCUGUGUGAUUUGGUGAGGUUUCCAGUCUGUCUCCCUUCACCCCAGUGCAAAUGAGCUGGAUGAGUUUUUGCUUGUGGAGCUUGACAAAGUGUUUCAUUGGGAAUUAUUCCUUGCUAAACAACAGCAAAAAUCUAUCUAUCUCCACUGUGAACUGAUUGGGGGUGGAUAGAUACAGUUCGCUGGUGUUCUUCAGCACAAAGUAGUUCCCAACCAAACUCUUUGCCCCCAAACCCCCUGUGGAUUAUGUCAGGUGUCCGUGGUAUAUUUUUUGGAAAGAGCUGUUGCUGUUGAGUUUUCACAAGUACAUUGUUUAUGGUUGGAGCUCCACAAAGCCGUAUCCAUCCAGCCUCAUCUUAUUGGAAGGAAGGGAGUUGGACUGGAAACAAAUCACAUAGAAACUGGAUGCAUAGAUUGUACUAGUGCAAAUAAAUCUGGGCAAAGCCUAGAAUACUGAGACAUAGAAUGUGCUGUUACCGUGGGAAGUGCAACAUGCAAACAUUUAAGUACUCUUGAUGUUAUGGUAUCAGUCUUCUUGUAAACAUUUUGUCUUUUUUAGUAGUAGCAUGUUAAACUGAACUGUAGUCACCAUUGUCAUUGGCUUAAUGACUAAAAAUCCAAACCCGACCUGUCUUACUGUAUGCUUCCUCUGUAGCAUGCAUCAUAAUAUUGUUUUUUCUCACUUCCUUUUAAGUGUUGCAGCAGUGAAAUGAAAACAAAACGAACAGCAUAUGAAACAAGGAUUGAUUACACAUUACAGCCAGUCAAGCAAGUAUGAACACAGCACCAAAGAUGGAUAGUGAUGACACAAGUCUUGUUUACUGUGCAAUUGUUGAUGCAGUGUGUGAGUUAUUAGCUUCAGGAAAGUUUCGAGGUAGGGCAAGCAGUAAAUUCCUCAGCUCAUAACUACUGUACCUCUCUGUUGUGUGCUCUCCGCUUUGCUUCCAGGUGUGGUGUCUAACCCUGUCCUAAAGUGAGUGAAUUUGACUUUAUAUUCUCCUCAUUGACACCGAGGAUAGUGUUUCUGGAUAGGCUCAGGUUUGCAAAAUGACAUGAAGUCUUCAAAUGUUCCAACUCUCAUUUUGGUGAAUUCCUUGUUUUUACUAGAUCUGAAGGUUUAUGUGGUCUUUUUAUAGGUAGAGCAAGUUUCAUGAUCCCAGGGCCCAUAAAACCCAUUCAAAAGCUGUCAUAAAAGCUUCAAAAAGCCAUGAUCAUCAGUGUGUAGACCGUUUUCACCCAGCAGCAGCAGCAGCAAUAUGCUUUUAAGAAGCAAUGUGUUUUCAGCUGGCGAUAAAAUCCUUUAGUCUGCCAGUCAAACUGUACUUUGCAUGUAACAUUUUUUCCACUAAAAAAAACAUAAUUCAUACACUUUUGUUUUUACACACCUGUAAAAAUUGUGUACAUAGUGACUUUAUUGUGUACAGGAUGUUUUCUUGUUUUUGUUUUUUUUUUUUUUAGCAUAACUGUAUUCUUUUGGUUUAAAAUGACGUCCACUGAUGCCAAUUAUUUCGUUCUCACGGAUCCAAAUCCAGUUCAGCAGAAUUGUCCCAAAUGAGCACAUGUACUUUAUCACAUAUUGUAUAAAUGCCUCUGUUUUGAGAAAUGCUGACGUCCUGGAGGCUCUCUAUUGUGAAAAUAUUGUGUAUAAUAUUGAUCAGCCUGCAGCUGUGACUUGGAUAUUGUUUUCUAUUCUUCAGUUUUAAUCCAGAAAACUAUUUAUUUGCCUUAUUUAUGGUGUCUGCAAUGCGCUGACUAAAAAGAAACAUAUUCCUCCAAAGAUGAGGGUAAUACAUGUACUUCUCUUUGAUUUGACAGCAGAUCUGUUUCAGACAAUCUCAGAUGGCACGUUGCUUCUGAAACUAAAUACUACUGAUGAUCAAAUUAAAGAUAUACAUAAGCAACUUGACAAAGCAGGGAUUAGUGUAUUUGGUUUUGUCAAAGAUUGAGCUCCGAAAUGGCUUUCGUGUUCUGAUAAACUUUUUACUUAGCCGGACGUGAGUGUCUCAGAAAGGUGUCUUCCCUCCUGCAAAGGAGGAAAAGAAAUAGACCGUCUCAUCUUGCAUUUAUCACUGCACACAGUUAUUAUGGUUCAAUAAAAACAAAGUUUUAACUGUA